ACUUGUGUUACCGGCUUUCGUAUUGAAUAAAUCACGCCAUUAUACAACUGGGAAGAAAUCGUACACAGUAGAAUACAACGCAUCAAGGUAAACGAGAAGCCGAGUCUCCUCCAAGCCACACAAUGGAUCGAUCGAGCGAGACCAUAGACCAAGUAAACACGCGACGCUUAUCCCCGCUGCGCAAUCUAAUCGCAGGUUCAGUAGGAGGAGUGACAGGAGUGACAGCAGGCCAACCGCUGGACACGAUUAAGGUCCGCCUGCAGGCUUCCGUUGGAGCAGGUCCCUUAGACAUGCUGGCCCGGACAGUCAAAAGUGAGGGCGCCCGGGGCCUAUACAAGGGUAUGCUUGCCCCGGUGCUGGUAGCCGCGCCCGUGACGGCUGUAACGUUCUACAGUCUGUCUAUAGGAAAGCGUUUGCAGCUGUCCGACCCAAACAAAGAGCCUACUUUGGCACAGUAUUACAACGCCGGUGUGUUCUGUGGGGUAUGCGUGUCGUUUAUUUACGCACCGACGGAGCGAGUCAAAUGUCUCCUGCAAGUCCAGAAAGAGAGCGGAACCAGAGCUAGGUACCAGGGCCUAGGCGACUGUCUGGUACAGGUAUACCGUACGGGCGGAUUACGGGGCGUGUUCAAAGGGCUUGGGCCGACAAUGGGCCGUGAAGUGAUCGGAGGGGGGUUCUGGUACCUUACCUAUGAGGGACUUCUACGUGCCAUGAGGUCAGGUGACCGCACACGUGACCAGGUGGGCCCUAUUGCGGUGAUGCUGUCAGGCGGAAGUGCUGGGCUGGUGUUCUGGAUGAUAACGUACCCUAUUGACGCAAUCAAAACAAGGGUGCAAGUAGCGCCAGAGGGCACAUAUGCAAGAGGAGCCCGGGAUGCCUUACGUGAACUCCUCAGGAAUGAAGGACCAAGAGCGCUGUACCGUGGCUAUGUUCCGGGUUUGAUGCGCGCUGUCGUGGUUCAUGCCGCUCUUUUGGCGGGCUAUGAGCUAACGAUGAAGACUAUGAAUGUAGUAGUGCCUUGACAUUCAUAGUCUAACUACAAUGACCUAGAACGAUCUAGGAUUCAAGAGCUCGAAGACAUCACACCAUCCACUAUCCAAGAUAUUGUGAUAUAUUAAAUAGAUAUUUUUAAUCAUCGGACAGACUUCACUCUCAUACACGGAUAUUUAUCUUACUGUGAACAUAACAUAAAAAUGUGAAGUAUUAGGAAAUGUUCAAGACUAUGGUUGAGGUGAAAAAAGAUUUAUUCAAAUGUUCUCGCUCACAGAACUUUUUUUGUAAAUACUGAAGAGCGUGGCUGCGUCCAUUGAAGCAAAUGCCAAUUUCACACGCAAUAAAUGAUCAAAUAUCAAUCAAGUAUAGCGGGUGCAGAAACAUAGAUGCUUUUGGGUCUAAUCCUCUUAGCGCCUCAUUUACACGACAGAUAAUCCAAACAGCACAAUGGGACUUCUUUUCAAAACAAAGCGCUCUUGACGCGCGUCAAAUGUACAUGAUAAAAAUAUAUUAUAAACCUUAUACCAUCUUAAUGGCGCUCUAUUGGCCGGCAUACACAUGCUAUGACGCCUUCCUAUAUAUGUAUAUACUGUAUGUAUAGUGUAUAAAAGAAAACUUAAAACUGGAAAA